AUGAUUGGUACUCAUAAUUCUGCUACAUAUAAAACUUCCAUACUGGCAGCUCAAACACAGCAAUUGAACAUAACUGAACAAUCAAAAGCAGGUGUACGAGUAUUUGACCUUCGAGUACGUAGCAUAGAGAAUGUUUUUGCAAUGCAUUAUGAUCUCGUAUAUUUGGGAAUGAUGUUUGGUGAUAUAGUGAACCAAGUGAUAGAAUAUUUGAGAGAAUAUCCAUUCGAAUUUGUGAUAAUGUUCAUGCAAAAGGAGUACGUUAGUGAAGCGAACACAAUGACAGAAUUCGAAAUUCUAGAAAACAAAUAUAUUAAGCUACGUGAUAAUCUCAUUGUACAAUUUUGUUCAGUUGACGGCAUUAUUCAAAAAGAUCGGGGUAAAAUUUUGUGGGUUCGUGGUAAUAAGGGUUUUGGGAAAUGUGCGGCGACUUUGGCUUGCGACCAGCAAAAUCUAUGGAAAGUUUCACCUACUUCUACUCGUGAUGACAAAUGA